GAAAGCUUUAACUGUAGGAGCUGAUCUAUGUUUUACUACACAAAUGUGAAUGUGUAGAUAUAGAUGACAGGCGUGGUAAUGUAAACUAAAAGAUUGUUUUAUCCUCAGCCGUUACGUGACACCUCUACACGUGUAGCCUUUAUGUGCCAGGUGAGGAUCAAAUUACAAGAGUGUCUCAGCGGGCCCGCCCCAAGCCGGCUAUUCACCAAGGAAUGAAAAAGGAAAGAAAGGAAAACCUCGUAAGUCUUUUGGAAUCCAGAGGCCAGAACGGAAGAAGAUUUACUUUCUCAAUGGAUUCUCCGACCACAUCAGGGAAGGUUUACCUCCAACCACACAAAGCUGGAAAAAAAUGGAAGCCUGUGUGGUUGUCUCUGUUUCCCUCCAGCAGUGAUGGCGGGGGUCGACUGGAAAUCCAGGAUAUGGGAGGUGAUCAUGUGACUGGGGCCAGGAGACACUACCAGCCUCAUGUGGAGAAGAAGCUGAAGGUGGUCCCACUGUCUGAGCUGAUCAGUGUCCUCAGACUCCCCCCAAACGCAGAGGCCUGCCCCAUGGAGAACAUGUCAGCAUUUUGCGUGGAGGCCCGGCUCAGAACGAUGGUGUUUGCUGCACUCAAAGAGGACUGCGUUGACUGGGUGGAAAAACUGAGUCGCAGCACGUUUCAGGAGAGGGAGAAAUGUUGUUCUCGAAGCGUUGGCUCAGACUCCAGUCAGCUUCAAAUGGAGGAGAACCAGAUUUAUGCCUCAGUAGAUGAAGCCUUACAGUUCUUGGUGACGGUCCAAAGGGCCGAGGCAGCGACCCGCUGCGGCCUGAAGGGGUCGUAUUGGCUGCAGGUGGGUCGAGAGGCGCUGCUGCUGAAAGAAACUCAGAAGAAGGACAUUGUUAAAGAAUGGCCGUACAAACUGCUGAGACGUUAUGGAAAAGAUAAGCUGGCCUUCACCAUUGAAGCAGGUAGACGCUGUGAUUCUGGUCCUGGGACAUUUACCUUCGAGACACCGCAGGCUGAGCAGAUUUUCUCCUCGAUUCGGGCUACCAUCAACCAUCAAUCUACUCCUACUUUAGGCAACCCAAACCAAGAAGGCGAAAAAGUCAUGGCAGCAAAAAUACAGGCCCAUUCCCCUCUCCCCAAAAUACCAGAUGCGACCAGCUUGGUCGCCAUUCUGGAGAACAAACUGAGGAUAAAGGGGAGCGCAUCUGCUGCUUUACAAGAGAGUGCACAUGGUUCAGAAGAUUUGGCUGGUUCGUCAGAGAGUGUGUCAGUGCAGCCAGCUCCCAUCACCCUCAUGCCUCUUCCACUGGUCCCCACACACGGCAGCCGCAGUGGAGGUCACCUCGGUGGCCAAUCAGAAGCUGUGUAUGCUGUUCCAGCUGAUUGCAUUCAAUCGGUAACAAAAGCCAAACCUGGCAUUGCUGUGUAUGUCGAUCCUGCCCGUGUUCUCCCGCUCAAACCGCCCAGCUCCAGAGAAGCCAUCCCUCCCAGCACUAACACCUUGGCUCCACCUCCCUGUGAUACCACGGACCACCCGGAUCCUGUUUACUCUGAAGUGUACGACAAGAUCAAAGUCCAGAAUGAACAGACUGAAAUUCAGAGAAAUGAAAAAAUUGAAUGUGUUGCAUCUGAUGAACCAAUUUAUACUGAGCCCACAGGCAAGAUAGAUGAAGUUAAUCAACAAAAGGAAUGCAAACCUGACCCAUUUGCCCACCUUUAUGCUCAAGUCUGCAAAACUCCACCAGCAUUUAGGCCAUCUUCACCUGCUAACACGGUGCCUUCCAGCUCUUCCUCCUCCACCUCGCUUUCUACCAGUAUGGCCACUGACCCAUCCCUUGAUGAUGUCAUCUAUGAAAACCUGGGCAUUAUUUAACUAAGUACACUUGGUGUAUGUUUGUACAGUGACUGCUUGAGACUGGGAGUUCAUUGAGAAACUCUAGGACUCCUCCCGCACGUGUAUAUCUGUAAACUAACUAGUAUUCCUCAUUUCCAAAGAUACAUAACACCUUAUGCAGGCUUUCUAACCCAUGUCUAAUCAUUGCACUGUAAUACCACUACUGGACUCAUGGUGUUAUGGAAGUAUAGCAUUCAGCCUCAAGCUUUUAAAAUUAUAAACUUGUAUUCAUCAGCCCCCAUUGACACAGUCAUUCACCUAAUUACAAUAUUCAAUUCAAUUCAUUUUAUUUUGUACAGCCCUGUACGGUGGGUGCGUCGUGCGGAUAAAGGGCUCGGAGCCAGGAUCGAGUAUUUACAACAAGUUUUAUUGUUUUCAGGAAACCGUGCCAGCGUCGGGCUCGCUCGUUGUCCCCGCUCUCUUCCUCCUCGCUCGUCCUCCCCUUACUCCUUAAAUGCAGAGGACCCACACACACACACACGCACACACACACACACAAUCACCCACAGCUGAUAAUUAUUAUUUCCACCUGGCCCUGUUCCCCGAGCCACUCCCCCUCUCUCCCCCCUGCAGCCGAGCUGAAACCACGCCCGCCACCACAUACCCCCACCGCCCGACUUAGGCCGGGGAGCCGUCCGGCCUAGCUUACUCCCCCCCCCCUCCCUCCAGAGGGCGGGAGAGGAAGUCCGCCACGACCAUCUGCGUCCCCGGCCUAUGGA